AUGGCAGAAGGAUUUCUUGCGUGGGACUUAUUAAAUCUGGAGCAUCGAAUAUUAACUGCUCUCAGGUUUUAUGCCGUCGGCUAUUACCAAGGUGCAAUCGGAGAGCAAUGGGAUAUUGCAAUCUGUGAUCCCGAGUUAAAAAUAUUAAAUGUAAACGCACGAUAUCCUGGCACACGACAUGACGCAUACAUAUGGUCGAACUCUCCCAUACAUCGUAUCAUGGAACGACGAUUUAACAAUGGAGAACGCAAUACUUGGUUAAUUGGUGAUGAUGGUUAUAAUCUUGAACCUUGGCUGAUGACUCCCUUGAAGCACGAAAUACCUGGUUCUCCACGAUUUCGAUAUAAUAACAAUCUUUGUAGUGCAAGGUCAUGCGUAGAACGCUUGUUUGGUGUGUGGAAAGCGGUAUUUAAAUGUUUAUCAGUGCAGAGGCGAUUAAUGUACAAGCCAGGCAUGGCUGGUAAGAUAAUGUUGAAGAUAACGAAAGAGAACGUAUCUUUCGAGGACGAGCACAUGCAAUUCGCAUACAAGAAAACCUAA